CAGUAAACAUGGCCACCAGGAUCCAUCGGUUGGCUCACAGCAGCAGCUGUUUGCUAUGUUUAAUAUUCUUUAUCUUAAUCGGUUCAUCAUUAGAUGGAGUAAAUGCCGCGCCAGAAAUGGGUCUGUGGACUAUUACAUUGCUCAAUACAUCAAGACCUUUAUUAUUACGAAAAUCCAUGUACAAAGACACUGAAAUUCAAAUGAGAGUGACGUCCUUUGGUUGUUUAGAGGAAGUGACAUUUACCAUUCAAUGGUUUUUGAAGUAUUACCCAUGCCACAAUGAGUACAACAACAUUGAGGAACUGUAUGACAAGACACCACUGAGUCGAGGAUUGAGACUUGACCCGAACCCUCUUGGACCGGGAGAGUAUAUUCAGCACAAAUACAGUGGAUUACUGUGUCACCGCGACAUGCACUUUUUCCCUAUGCUCAAUAAAUCAAAAGCAGAGCCAAAAGUGGUUAAACGAAUUGCAGUGGAAGGCAAGAUACAGGAUGACACUUUCACAAGUUCUCCUCUUGCUGACACUGGCACAUCUAGAGCAAAGGAUCAUGUGAUUGCAAAAACCUGGAGGGAUGGGCCGUACCUGCUCGUGGUUGCGAUUCAACCAAGCAAACAGGAUGUCAACUGGAAUUUAACCUUCAGUGUGGUGAUGAAGGGGACCCACGGCUAUCUCUCCAUCACAGAAUGGCCUCUCAUGAUCUUCUAUAUGGUGAUGUGUAUGGUGUACAUCCUGUUCGCUCUCCUCUGGUUUGUCUGGUCCUCCUGUUACUGGAAAGACCUCCUGAGGAUCCAGUUCUGGAUUGCAGGCGUCAUCUUCCUGGGCAUGAUAGAGAAGGCUGUCUUUUGUGCUGAAUAUCAGAACACUAACACUGUGGGCUCAGCAUCUCAGGGUCUGCUGAUCUUUGCUGAGCUCAUCUCCGCUCUGAAGAGAACUCUUGCGCGUCUGCUGGUCAUCAUCGUCAGUCUGGGCUAUGGUAUUGUUAAGCCACGACUAGGCACAGUCAUGCACAGAGUGGUGGGGCUGGGAGUGCUCUACUUCGCUUUUGCUGCCAUCGAGGGAGUUUUGAGGAUCACUGGGGCUAAAGACUCUGACCUGGCCCUGCUGGCCAACAUUCCCCUGGCUCUGCUUGACUCCUCUCUCUGUUGGUGGAUAUUUGUCAGUCUAGCACAAACCAUUAAGACUCUAAAACUCAGAAGAAACCCAGUGAAGUUGUCUUUGUACAGACACUUCACAAACACACUCAUCUUUGCCGUUCUUGCCUCAAUCAUUUUCAUGAUGUGGACGACGAAGAAGUUCCGUUUAGCAGAUUGCCAGGCGGACUGGAUGGAGUUGUGGGUGGAUGAUGCAUUCUGGAGGUUCCUCUUCUCCAUCAUACUGCUGGUCAUCAUGUUUCUGUGGAGGCCGUCAGCCAACAACCAAAGGUAUGCGUUCACACCUUUGAUUGAUGACUCUGAUGACGAGGAGAUUGAAGAGUUCCUGGUGCCAGCAAAUAUAGCUGAUGGGAUAAAGUUGAGGGCAGCUAAGACAGAAACUAACGGCACAGUGAAACCUGCAGCAGCCAAUCCGGAUGAAGAUUUGAAGUGGGUGGAGGAGAAUAUUCCCACCUCUCUUACUGAUGUAGCACUUCCUGUUCUUCUCGACUCUGAUGAGGAGAUCAUGACCACAAAGUAUGAGAUGUCUAAGAUGGAGUGAGUAGAGAAAGACCUGCAUCUACAGCAAGCCUCCAGAGACCACCCAUACGCUGUUCCUCAAACUGGCGUCUGACCCUCACCAGAGAGAGUGACAGACAGACUGUUUUUAGCUCCUUUGGUCUGCUUGGUUGGUGGCCUUUGGGUGCGAUGAAGAAAUCGUGCUGAUGGGGUGGAAGUAUUCUAGCAAAUUUAGACGCCGUACUAGCUGAACGUCAUGUGAGGUGUUACCUCUUUUCUCUGAACUCUUAAAAACGUCCAGCAGACUCUGUCAACAUUGACCUGUAUUUAUGUUUCUACACGUUUGUGAUGCCAUGCCUCUUAAAAUUGUGCAUGACUAAUCAAAUGCAGUAAUAAUUCAUUUUUCAGAUGGGUUUUUGUAUUCAUUUUUGUUUGUUUGUUUGUGUGCUUGUCACUCAAAGUUAAACUUGAAAAACAAUUAUUUAUAAGGAAUUUCAAGUUGAAUGACCAAAGUGUCUUCUCCUACAGUUAGGACCUUGUCUUUGGCUGUAUAUAGUGUUAUUUAACUGUUUCAUACUGGUUCAUAGUUUUGUCUAUAAUUUCGAGACAUAAUGUAAAAUGUGAAUAGUAGAUGACUGUUGGUGUGACAGAUUUGUAUCGGUGUGUCCAGGGAGUCAGUCAAUUUUUAUUAAAUUAUGUUUUUGCUUUGAACGUGUGUCCUGCUUAAAAGAAUAGUUCACCCUGAAGUAAAAAUCAUUUACUCAUCCUUCUAUCGUUCCAAACACAUUUUAUGCAACACAAAAGGACACUUCUCUUUUUCAUACAAUAAAAGUGCACGGUGAUUUAUGCAAUCAAGCUCCAAAAAUGACAUGAAAGCAUCAUCGAAGUAUUGUAAAAGAAAUAGCCCAGGCUAUGUGCAUCUUAAGCAUAUGCAUCUUAAUCUCAGUAGAUGCGUACUAAAGCCUUAAACGCUUCUGUUCUUGAGUUUUGUUUUGCAUUUGGCUUUAUCACAAUCUUUGUUUCUGUCAGAUUGUCAUUUUUACUUUGCUGCCCUUGUCUUGACAUUCUGUGACAUGUCUUCGAAACAGAACGACGUGUGCUUUUAACAUGAGCCGUAAACAGGAUGACUUAAACUUACAGAAAGAGAUAAAACAUUGUCAAAUAACUGUAUAAUAUAAAGUGCACUUCAAGUGAAUGUGAUGUCUUUGGCCAUGGGAUGCAGUGAUUUAACAACCCUUGUGCAUCAGUUUAAAAAAGUUACUCCGAGGUCAUUAGAGGGCAAGAAUGUCUGCGUCAAAAAACUGCCAUAAUAUUAUAUAUUAAUAUUAUUUUUGGUAAUUUUGUUUAACCAACAUCUGUCCUGAUCAUAACUACCAAAUGUUCAUUAAUUUUCAGGAUUUUAGCCCUUUUAAUGCCUGUUUGUUUAUAUAAUGCCACUAUUGUUUUUUAUGGAAAUAAAACCAGUCUUGGAUAUGUCAAUGAUUAGCAACAACAGAUUUUUAUGCAUUAUAAUUUUUUAUGCAGUGCCAGAUUUAAAAUAAAAAACACUCAGGACCUUGCCAUAAAAAUAUUAUAUAUUCAUAAUAUUUUGCACUUUCACUGACUUAAACCAACAUCAGUUUUGAUCAUAAUUACAUAAUAUUCAUUCAUUUUCAGGAUUUUAACCCUUUAAAUGUCAUUUUGUUUACAUAUGUCACUGUUGUUUUUUUUACUCGGACACACAAAAUGCACGCACACAAUUUUAGCUGCAUCAUUUAUUCAGUUGUCCUGCAUUGCUCUAUAAUACAGCAAUCAGAAAAUAGGAAAAAGCAUGUAUUUGCUCCAUAGGCUGAACAUGAGGAAAAUGGCGCCAUCUGGUGGAAAAUAUAAAAAGUUUACAUUUUGAAGCCAGGGCUCCGGAAUAAAAACAUAAUAUCAUUGAAUUCAUGAUUUUAUGCUUUAAUGGAACUGGGGUCAAAUAUUGCAGUUUGAAUGGGUUUCAAUGGGGACAUUUUUGUCCUCAAGGUCCUGAGUGUAACUAUUUUGUGUACACAGUGUAGUAUAGAUAUAUUUUAGGAACUGAGGUUGAAAUAUAAUAAUUCCCCUCAAAAAUACACACCUUUGGCCAAAUUUGUGCCGUUGGAAUUAUCACAGCUAAAAUGAUUGAAAUAAACUAAAAUGAAAGACAAUAAUGUCCUGACGGUCACACAAGGGUUAAUUUAAUCUGUAUGAUUCUGCCCUUGUCUUUUCAUUUUUCUUACUAUUU